UGGAAAAUUAGAGGGGGUUGGAAAUGGAGGAGAAUUAAAGGAGGGGGUUGAAAAGGGAGGAGAAUUAAAGGAGUGUAUCACUUAUCAAAAGAUAAGGUGGGGGAAAUAUAUGGAAGAGUAAUUCAGGUUUUGGGUGGAGAAUAGGGAGAGUUAUACUAGGCCUUUUGGUGGUAUUAUUUUUCUUCAUGCAAAUUUUGUAAGUGUUCUUGCUGUUCAUUGUUCUUGCGAGGGAUUCUAGUAGUGUAUAGAGUUUAGGAGAGAAGGUCCUCCUCUCAAAAGAGGAACAUUGUAUCUUGCUUGUUAGUGUUUGCUUUCUUAUCAAGAAAAUCUAUUUGGUUUGUUGAAAUUUACUAUUUGUUUGUUGGUUUUUGAUGUUCAAGUCCUAACAUAGUGUGCAUUCCAUAAACAGAAAUCCCAGCACAAUUCUUUAUUUAUUUACUUUAUUAAGUGCUCUGACUCUUCCGUGACAUAACUUCAGCCAGGAAAAUAAAUUAGGGUUACAUAGAGAUGUUGCUAAGCAAUAAGAACAAAAUGACCUUCUUUUGUCUCCUCUAAGCUCCAGCUAGUGACCACCUCGAUUAAGCUAGAUUUAUGCAAUUGCUUCCAAGAAGUAAUCCCCUCUUAGUCACUGUCUGCCUCUUGCCGCAAGCCUCCAGCAGCUCUCUCUUUAAUUCUGUCUCUUGCUUGUUCUUUCUGAAAGCUCCUGAGCCCUCAGUACAACUGCUUUUCAUUCUCUCUCUCUCUACUCAUCUCUUGGUUUCAUGCCCAUGCCCUCUUUGACUCACUUUUGAUCAUAAUAUAAAACGAGUGGCUCCAGCCCACCACAUCUUCUUAGGUGGUGAGGAAAACGUGCCAGAUCCAAGUAGAUUUUCUUUUUUCUUUUUUUAAUUUCUACGGGUUUUGCAAAAAAUAUUUUCUUUAAGUUGACUUGAAAUAGUUGGAAUUAGUCAAAUUAUAAUGAUAUACAUGUGAAUUCUUUCUUACCCUUUUUGGUAAUAGAAACUACUGAAGUGAGCUUGAAUGGGCGUGAUUGUUCUUUGGCUUGAAUUUCUUGGUUAUGUAACCAGGUAAACAACAGGGAUAUGUCUAUUGCAGUUUUGAGGACUUACAUUUCAAGGCACAAGGAGGAGUAUGCUGCAAAGUUUAAUCUGAAGAAUAAAUUCCAAAAUGAAGUCCAAGAUGAAAUGCAGGUAACCAAUUUGGAGAAGUGUCAGGGAGAGCUUAGAGCAUCAAUUGUUCUUGAGGCUUUGGCGGCUUCCGGUUUGAGAGCCAUACGCUAUGCUUGUGAAGUAGAUGGAAUUGGUCAAGUUUUAGCCAUUGACAAAGAUAAAGUGUGCAUUGAGAUUUGCAAGAAAAAUAUAAUACUCAAUGGCCCUGCAACAUGUUCAAAGGUUGCAGCUCAUCUUGGUGAUGCUCGUGUUUACAUGCUUACUCAUCCCAAAGAAUUUGACGUGGUUGAUCUUGAUCCGUAUGGAACACCUUCAAUUUUUUUGGACUCAGCAGUCCAGUCACUUGUUGAUGGUGGCUUGUUAAUGUGCACUGCUACUGAUUUGGCAGUGCUUUGUGGAGAAGAUCGUGACGUCUGCUAUUCCAAAUAUGGUUCCUAUCCUUUGAAAGGAAAGUACUGUCAUGAGAUGGCUUUGAGGAUUCUACUUGCUUGCAUUGAGAGCCAUGCAAAUCGGUACAAGCGUUUCAUUGUUCCGGUCCUCUCUGUAUAUAUGGAUUACUAUAUCCGCGUGUUUGUUCGUGUUUACACUUCUCCCAUUGCCAUGAAGAAAACUACUCUUAAACUUGCUUACGUAUACCAGUGUGUCGCCUGUGAUUCGUUUCAUCUCCAACGUAUUGGAAGAGCUACUACUAAGAAUAAUGUGGAGAGGUAUGCCCCAGCUUUUGGCCCUGUGGUUCCUCAAGCAUGUAGUGAUUGUGGAAAGCAAUUCCAUGUUGGUGGACCAAUAUGGUCCUCACCAAUACAUGACCAAGCAUGGGUAGAAUCUAUCUUGGCAGAUGUUAGAAGUAUGAAGGAAAGAUAUCCUGCAUAUGAUAGAAUUUCUUCUGUUCUAACUGCAAUAUCAGAGGAAUUAUCUGAUGCGCCACUCUUUCUAAGUCUCCACAACCUUUGUAGAACGCUUAAAUGUACGACCCCACCAUCAGCUGCUUUCCAUUCUGUAGUAAUUAAUGCUGGAUAUAGCAUCUCAGGCACUCAUAUAACUCCACUGGGAUUCAAAUCUAAUGCACCCAUGCAUGUCAUUUGGGAUAUUAUGCGCUGCUGGGUUAAAAACCAUCCACUAAAAUCCCAGCCUGCAGGUGAACCAGGAACAGUCAUUCUCGGCAAGGAACCAAGUUUUUUAGUAAAUUUUACACAACCAUCAACCAUCAACAAAACAAGAGCCAAGAAGGCUGCAAGGUUUUUGCUCAGCCCUGAAAAAAGCUGGGGUCCUAUGCUCAGAGGAGGUCGGCUCAUCAAAACCAAGCAUCGCCAGAUCGGUGAAGUUACAGAGAGCUCUCUCAAUUCACAUGAAAAUUUUACUAAUGAUCGGGAGAUAUGAUUGUCGCCAGUAGUCCUUUUCAUUGCUCACCACCUCAUUUGCUUACAACUUAUUUUUUUAUUUCUUUUCCUUUCACUUCUUAUGAGCUGAUUAUUUUAUGAAUUUAUACUUUGAAUAAUAUGCACAUGUAAUAGAAAACUUUGUAUUGAUUAUUUAACAUAUAAUUUAAAUUUUAGAUGAGUA